AUGUCCACCCACGAGCCGCCUGCUGCCUUCUCGUGGCUCAACCUCCGCGCCGAGCUGACCGGCAAGCAGGCUCGUGUGUUGAUCGACGGCGCCAGCGGCACCGCACGCCGCGGGCGGGUGCUGGCGAUCAUCGGCCCGUCCGGCGCCGGCAAAUCGACGCUCCUGCAGGCACUCGCUGGCCGCCUCGACCGCUCGAGCAAGCUGCGGCUCUCGGGCACGCUCGCGCCUCCGCCCUCGCGUCCCGGCGCCUUUGUUUACCAAGAGGACGCCUUCUUCAGCCGCCUCACCGUCGCCGAGACGCUGCGGUUCGCGGCGGCGCUGCGUGCGGCACAGUCCACGAGCGUGGCCGACGUGCUUGCCGCCAUGGGCCUCGCCGAGGUAGCCUCGUCCGCCGUCGGCGGCGGAAAGGUGCGCGGCAUUUCAGGCGGCGAGCGGAAGCGGCUCGCGAUUGGCUGCGCGCUCCUCGCCUGGGCGCUCGACAUUGCGUCGGUCGACCCGGACGCGGCCGAGGCGAGCAAGGCGCGAGUCGCUCGCCUGGCGUUGCGCUGGCGCGAGGCGACGGCCGAGGCGACGGCGCGGCUGGUGGAGGAGGCGCCGCUCGCGCCGCUCGCGCCGGCGCGGCAGUCCGGUUGGAGUGCGCAGCUCGGCUGGUGCCUGUGGCGGAGCUGGAGGCAGUCGGGCGGGUUUGCGGCGCCGUCGCUGCUCGCGAUGCGCGUCGUCGGUUCCGUGGUGCCCGGGCUCGCCUUUGGCUGCAUCUGGUUCGACCUUCCGGCGGGCCGCGGCUCGCUCAAGGCCCGCGUCGGGCUGCUGCAGGAUGGGGAGGGCGCGUGCGUGCGCCGCGAGCGUGCCGCUGGCGCCCUCCGUCUGGGAGCAUAUUUUUUCGGCAAGGUGGCGGCGGAGCUGCCGGUGACGCUGCUGCUCCCCGCGCUGCUCGUUUGCGUGACGCACCCGCUGGCGGGCCUCGCUUGCCCCCUGCCCGUCCUCGUCGCGCUGCUGGCGCUCGAGGCCAUGGCGGCGAGCGCGCUCGGCCUCCUCGCGGGCGCUGUCGCGCCGAGCCUCGACAUUGGCCUCGAGCUCACCAAGGCGCUCACGACCCUCUCGACCGUUUUUGGCGGACUGUACUUUGACGCCGCGACGCUGCCGCGGCCGCUGCGGUGGGUGCCACGCGCGAGCAUCGUCCGCGUCGCGUGGGACGGUGCGGUGGCGGGCGAGCUCGCGGGGCUGGGCGGAGAGGAGGAGGAGCUGGGCGUGGAGGGCGGGAGGCGGGCGGUCGAGGGGCUGCUGGCGCUGGCGUUGGGGUUUGGGCUGGCGGCGUUUGUAGGGCUGGCGGCGAGGGCGCCGCGCGCGAGCAGCACUUUGGAACGCCCAGCCGGGUUUGGCUAA